GGCGGGGCGGGAGCGCACCGGGACGGGCACCGGGACGCGCCGCCGCCGCUCCCGCUCCCCUCCCGCCGCUCCCCCCCGCUCCCCCCCGCUCCCCCCCGCUCCCCUCCCGCCGCUCCCCCCCCCGCUCCCGCCGCCAUGUCGGGCCCGGCCGCGGCCCCGGCCUGGGCGCCCACCCACGUACAGGUGACGGUGCUGCGGGCGCGGGGGCUGCGGGCCAAGGCGGCGGCGGGCGGCGGCGGCAGCGACGCCUACACCGUGAUGGCGCUGGGCCGCGACAAGUUCUCCACCUCGGUGGCCGAGCGGUGCCAGGGGCAGCCGGUGUGGCGGGAGGAGGCCACCUUCGAGCUGCCGCCGCCGGCGCGGCCCGCCGCCCUCCGCCUCACCGUGCUGCACCGCGCCCUCGUCGGCCUCGACAAGUUCCUGGGACGCGCCGAGGUCGACCUGGCGGCGCUGAGGGACGACGGCGGCCGGCGGCACUCCAGGUGGUACAAGCUUCGCUCCAAACCAGGGAAAAAAGAAAAGGAGAGAGGGGAGAUCGAAGUGGAUAUCCAGUUUAUGAGGAGCAACAUGACAGCCAGCAUGUUUGAUCUCUCCAUGAAGGACAAGUCUCGCUCUCCCUUUGGCAAGCUCAAAGACAAGCUCAAGGGGAAGAGGAGCAGUGGCCUUUCCGACACAGCGUCAGCGAUCAUUCCCAGCACGACUCACUCCCCCGCCGACAGCGAAGAUGAGUCAGUCGAGAAGGAGAAGAAGAAAUCGAAGUUCAAAACCCUGUUUUCCAAACCUGGCCUGCAGAAGACCUCCCUCUCCCAGUCCAUGUCAGUCCUACCGACGCAGCAGCCCGUCACCAAGAGGAUUCGGCUUCGGCCCAGUGACUUCCAGUCGCAGUGGGACGACAAGGAGUCUGAGGCCUCUUCGACCUCUGAAAAAGCCUUUGGAAAUGCCCUGGAAGAGAAGUCCUCUCCUUCUCCUGUAUUUAAAUCUCGUAAAACAGCAACUUUGGACAGCAGACAACUAAACCAAGUAACUACUAACCACACCAAGAAAGAAGGGCUCUCUUUAUUCAGUGGCCUUAAAUCCAAAAGCGAUCCUGUCUCCAAGUCUAGUCUGUGUAUCAAUGGCAGUCACGUUUAUAUGGAAGAGAGUGCGACAAAGGACAACACUCCAGCCUCUUCCCCCUCUCCUCACAACUUCAGGAGGAAGCAGCUCUUUGCUUCAGAAGAGAACCUGUCUUCUAGAUCUGCUAAAGGACCUGAAGAGACGGGAGGAACAUCUCCUACUCAUGCUUUCUCUGGGUCUACAUCCUUGGAGACCUUCAAAUCUAUGACUUUGCCUUCUUACAAAUUACUUAGCAGUGAAGAAUACCUGGAAGCCAGUGUUCCUCCCACUUUCGAGGUUAUUAAAGAGACCAAAAAAAUGGACCACAAAAAGUCUGCCUUGCUCUCUCUGGUCACUGGGAAGAAGGAGGCAGUGAAGACCAGUGAUGCUGAGAAUAUUCCUGGCAAGACCCUGCAGGAUGAGGAAAACAAAGUCCCAGAAGAGAGGAGUGAACAAGAGGCCAAACCUCUUGAAACUCCUGCGGAUUUAAGCAGAGGGAAUCCCUCAGGAGACAGUCACCGUGCAGAAGAUGUCUUUGCAAACAAGCAACCACUCAACCCUUUCGAGGAAGAACGGAAACCUGAAAAAGCUGCUGCGCCAGCGAAGACCAAAGCUGUCAAGCCGAGACUGGGCGUGUCUUCAGAGGAGGAAACCAAAGCCACUCUUCCUACUCUUGCACCUGAUUCCCUUCCUACUUUUCUUUCUGUACACCAUAGUGGCAAUAACCCUUUUAUUUCUAAAAUGGGACAAAAAGUCCAAGUGCCAGACUCUGAAAGCAUUACUCGUUCUCCUGCAUCUCUUGCGUCUCCUCCUUUUGCUGCAGAGCUUUUGAAUGGCAAGAACCCCUUUACUCCCGAGCGGGACAGGGCGUCUGCAGCCCUGGAUCCGGAAGGCAUUGCCCGUUUCCCCUCAUCCCACCACCUUUCAGCCUCCGUUCCCAAAGCGCCUCUUCCUGGGCAGGUCUCUGGGAGUGGUAAUAAUCCUUUUGCUUCUGAGUGGGGGCAGAGCUCACAGGGCCACGGUCCUGAAAGCUCUGAUACGCGGGCUGCCUGGGGUCUCUCUUGCCCACCCGCACCUUCUCUCCCCUCUGAUUGUCAUUUUAAUGACAAUAACCCCUUUGUCUCCAAGCUUGGGUGGGAAGCAGGCGCACCAGGGUUCAGAGCUGUUGCCAGUUCUUCCCCUUUCUGCCUUCCUUGCGAUGAAGACUGUUCCUCAGCAGAGCACGCUGCUGAGCUGAAACACUCUGGUCGUGGUGCUUCAGGGAGCUCUUCAGAUGGGGCUUUAACUAGCAAUGUCAGAGCUGGAUCAAACCCUCUCGGCACCCUUUCUGGCAACCCUGGUCUGGCUCCAAAGAAGCGGUGUGAUUCUCCCCAGCUUCAGGUUGAGACUUCUUUGAAAAGUAGUAAGCUAGGCAGCAAGAAGUCUGCGUCUUCUCUCCGUGAUGGAUCGGAGGGUGUUACGUCAGGUGGUGAGGAUUUGGAUGGGCAGGAACCUGAGAAGCAGUGCUCUGAUUUCAGUGAAAUGUUACUGAAGGGUUCAGAUGCAACAGGAGAGGAAGCAGGCUUUGCUCGCGAACUGGAAGCAGGGUGCUCCACCUCAUCAAAACUCUCUAGUGACAGCACAGGUCCCAUCCGAAGCGGCGAGGCUGCUGUUCAGGGUGGUGUGGAAGUAGGUGGUGUAAGUACUGAACCCUGCACGGAGGAUGACAAAGACUUUGCACCUCUCUCAAAGUGUAGUAAUAGCCUCUUGCCAGAGAUCGGUGCUGAACAGCCAGCUUCCCUGGAGACGGAGCUGAAGGAGAAGCAGGGGAUCUUUGAAAGGAGAUGGGAAGAGCGUGCGCCCAUGUUGGAGCCCCAAGCAACUCCACUUGAUAAAAAUGACUCCUUUUCCCAAGUAGGACCUGCCAAACCAACCUUGGGAGCUUGCACGCUGUCCCCUCGGGGAGCCGAUGUAGGGAGGGCUGGCGGCGGGGUGCUUGUCACACCAGAGCCAGCACCACGGCUGUCUUUAACGCUGAAGCAGUGCCCCUCGGUUUCUCAGGCUGAUGAGUUGAGUGGUGAUGGUGUAAAAUCUGCGCCUGGGCUCCUGUUACCUAAUGAAAAAGCCUCAGAUGCUCAUGGGUGCCUCCCCCAAAGUGGUUCAUUAGAGUCUGUCGCUCCUCCGGUGACGCCCAGAGAUGACGGCAGUAAGAGGCAUUUAAAAAAUGAAGGUGAUGAUGAUUUAUUUGACUGCCUUACAAAUCUAAAGUCUGCCAUUCCUGUUACUGGAGACCGUGGUUCAAAACUGGCCGGUCUUCCAGUUAUUCUGGAGGGAGGCUCCGAUGACGAGCUGCUGGGUGACUGUCAGGAGAACCGCGGUGUCACUGCAGGGGAUAGAAACGUUUCAGAGACUGGAAAGCAGUCCCUGGAUUUAAUGCCUUUGCGUGAAAAACUGGAAGAGCACUCUGAUAGCUCUGCUGCAGCCCAGGUAACCCUGGCCACUCCAGGAGGAGAAGGAGGUGCUCCUGGUGCUGGUGAGCCAAGCAAAUCAGCCGUGCUGCCCACCAGGGCAGGUGUUCACGGUAUCAGCAACCAGGUAGUUGACUCAGGCUUAGGUACGACGUCUCAUUCCAGGGAGCAUAGUAGUCAUUUUGAGAAACAAGAACUGAAAGUAAGCGCAGGUGUUGAGGAGGUUGCAGAGUGUGACUUCUUUGAGCCUUCUGUUUCCUCUUCCUCCCUGUCAAGUCUUUCCCAGCCCUACUCUUCCUCUCAUUCCCUUCUUUCCAACACCCCAAGUCGUAGAGCAGAGUCUCCGAAAAAGCCAACAGCCGAGGGCUUCGCAGAUAAAGCAGGAAAUUCUGGCAAGAAGAAGCUGCUUCAGGCAUGGGUUUCACCCUCUGAAACAUACCCUAACCAAACUCAGCAGAGUGGUGAAACCGUGUCUCCUAAGCACAGACUCCAUCCUGUGAAGCCAAUGAAUGCCACAGCAAACAAGGCUCAAAGUAAAAACCUGAAUGUCAUCAGCACUAUGAAUGAAAAGCUGCUCGAGGUGAACGUGAAGAAAUAUGAUCCUUCAGACCCUGCCUAUGCUUAUGCUCAGCUAACACACGAUGAGCUGAUCCAGCUGGUCUUGAAACAGAAGGAUACAAUUACCAAGAAAGAUGUCCAGGUGCGUGAGCUUGAAGACUACAUCGAUAACUUGCUUGUCAGAGUCAUGGAAGAAACCCCAAACAUUCUUCGUGUUUCGACGUCUGGAAACAAAAAGGCCGGAAGGAUGUAAACGGUCUCGAGACAUUGGUUGAACAAAGGAUUGAAUUCCCGCCAGUGGAAUUUGAUUAAUAAGGAGAUGAUGUGAAGUAGGUGGUACCGGUUGGGCUGCCCACAGAAAAUGACCUCUUUCCUGUUUCUGUCUUGAGCAACUCUCGCUUUGAUUAGUAGUUAGAUCUUGUAUAUGGAGUCCAGAAGUGGAGUCAAUUUACCAUAUUUAUUUCUUGGUUUCUUUCCAUUAUUUGGGAAGAUUUGUUCAGGCAUCUAAUCCAAAGGCUGAUUGGGGUGGGAAGGAUGAAGGGUUUUUGAUGUGGUUUGCUUGCCAGCAAGGCACUGAUGAUCCUUUAUGAAGAUUUUUAAUGGUUUUGUGUUGUAGCAGCUUUGAUAGAUCAAUUGCUCUUCCCAUAUUUUAAGUUGUAGUGCAAUAUAAAAUCUUGUGCUUGAGGAUUUGAUUUUUUUUUUUUUUUUUUUAAUUAUUAAUAACUACACUGGAGAAGUCCAAAGAUGUGUGCUUCACACCAGGGCUGUGUGGGUUGUGUUUUAGAAGUAAUUAAUCCCCUGGAAGUUGAUUGCAAGUUAAACCUUAGAUUGGAAAGGGAAGAAGCAAAGCUUAGUUAAUCUCAUAAAGUACAUAUUGUUUCAAAGCAGCUCUCCAAGGGGAAGGUUUACAGGUUUUUUUGGUACAGGAAACACUGAGAUGUCAUGGUAUGUUUGUUUACCAUAGGAAUGGUAGCAAUGAACUGGGGGCAAAGGUGCAUUUUUUAAAUUGGAAGCUGUUCACUUACAGACUUCAAAUUCCUGAUUGAAAGGUGGUUCAAAUGAAGGAGGCAAAGGUACGCCUGGUUUCCGUUCUGUAGUCUUAAAUAGGUGUGGAUUUCACAGUCCACGUGCAUGGCCCUUGUCUCUUUGACACCGUUGCAGUUUAUUAAAUUUAAAUAUCUUGGAUUUUGGAGCUGGGGCUUACCUUGGAAUGACCUUCAAAGGUGAACAGUCUUACGCUUUCUUUUGUGCAUUCCUUAUAGAGCCAGGAGAGGAACCAAAUUGCCCUCCCUGGGAGUGGGAGCAGUCACAGCACUAGUGCUCAGAUCUGAUGUGGUUUUCUUUGUGACUUGCUGCUCAGAAUGGAAUGAAAACUUUAUGCAGCUGAGAAAGACUGCUGUUUUUUCUAGAGAAUCGGUACCUCUCGGUCUGCUUCCUUAAUGUGCGGCUGCUUUGCAGCUCAAGAGAGACAGGUGUGUUCUCCCCUCCGUCUCAUCGGACAGCAAACAACAGCACAGCGCUCUGGAGCAGCCACCACAACAGGCUUCCUCCACGGAAAAACUAGCUGUGGCUUUUUUUUGGUGAGCUCUUGUCAAAGAUCAAAAAAAUCAGAUGCCUCUUUGCGUCUCUGGGAUUUAUCAGGGUUGCAAGAGCCCAUAAAAGGCUUAGCAGAAAGUUGAAAUAUCAAAAGAGUGGGUAGCAGAGGACCAAAGCAAAUGCUUCUACCUUUGGAAGUUGAAAGGGUCUUUUGAGUCACUCCUGGCUUAGCUCGAAAGGGGUGAGUUUUUAACUCAAUUUUUCUACAGCAAAGCACUUUAUUGAGGGACUAGACCAGCUGGAUCGACUAUCAACCUGUUAGUAGUCUGCUUACUAUUUUCAUAAAACACUGAAAACUACUGGAGACUUCUCAAAUACUGUAUUUUUGUAGUGAAGAGUAGUUGAAUAUAUUUUCCUAGAGAUGUAUGCAUUUAUUAGAAAAUACAAAAAAAGCUGUUAAUUACAUUUUUAUUACUGUAAACUGACUAACUACCAAAGUCUGGAGCUUUCCUGACAGAACUGUCCUUCAUGGGAAGCCUUAAGCAUUAAGUCUUCGAAGACUUCAGGUACUUUUUUUCUAUUUUAGCAGAUGUCUUCAGUGAAGGGGUUAUUUCUUUCCUACUGUGCCCUCUUCUGUGAAUGAUGGGUCUGUAACGCUGGUCUUAGUGGCAUCUUUAGCUCUUGCCUGGUGUUUUUAAUUUUGAGUGGUACUGGUUGGCCUUACUGAAAACUGCUGCUGCUUCUCGUGCCUUGAAAGAGUGAGGAAGAUGAAGGAUUAAUUUGUUUCCUCCUUGUGUUUUGGUGGAUCUCUGGAAAAAAAAACAUUUGCCUAUACCUCACUAAUGAACUUGUUUUCUAGACUUUAUUCCACAGAUUUCUGAUGUUCUGGUUCAGAGAGUCAGAAAAACCAGUUGUGCCUUUGAAUGGUGGCUUAACGGUUCAAAAAAAAAUGAUGGUGUUGGUGGUUAUUACUGGAUAUGUGGGAAGCAAGACUGGACUCUUGCUUUUGCUCAUUUUAAAACAAUAGGGGUACUACUGGGUCGUUGGCUGCUGAAGGCACCGCGAUGCUUUCGGAGUAUGGAUUUUCUGAAGUUUGGAUAAUGAGCGUUUCUGUUGGCUGGAACGGUACGUACACAGAGAUGAAGGGGUGAUAUGUGCUCUUAGUGGUCUCCUUGGAGAUGAAGCCUUAGAACUCGUAAUAUUCUGUCCUGGCAGCGUUUUUGCCAGCUGCAGCCGUGUUGGUUGAGGUGGACCCUGGGUCGUGUCUGCCCGUGGCCCCCGGGGUUGUUCUUUGGUGGUCGCGGUUCCCUGCUGCGAGGUCACGCUCCCGCACCAGCCACACUUCGACUUCCAUGGCCGUGGAAGCAUUGCAUAGGCUGUGUUCCUCAGGCUUUUAUUGGCAAUAUUAGUUUUAAAGGCUUUCUUUGGCAUAAGGGGUCUGGCAUUUUGUGUUCGUGCUUCACCUUGACUUUAAGGGCCUUAAGAAUCAAAUGUAUUGUUUUAUUAUUGAAGGAUCUGAAUGUAUUUUUCCCUGUUUAUCCUGUCUGCUUUUAGCUUGGGUACCUAUUUGUUUUUAAAUGCCUUUUGGUUUCAUGGAACACUAAAAUAAAAAUACCUUAAAUCCA